AUGUCAUCAUCUCAUCGACGCGGGCCUUGGUCGCCAGCCGAAGAUUCGUACUUGGUACAACUUGUUCAUACACAAGGAGCUUUGAACUGGGUGAGAAUUGCACAGCUCAUCGGUUCAAGAUCGCCAAAGCAAUGUCGAGAACGUUACCACCAAAACCUCAAGCCAACCUUAAACCACGACCCAAUCAGUCCCGAAGAGGGACUUCAAAUCGAAAGAUUGGUAGGAGAGAUGGGCAAGAGAUGGGCCGAAAUUGCUCGAAGACUUCAAGGACGCAGUGACAACGCCGUAAAGAAUUGGUGGAAUGGAAGUAUGAACCGAAGACGUCGUUUGGUUCUUCGUAGAAGGACUUCGUCUCACUCACAUUCCUUCAACGAGCAGUCUGAAACCCUAUCAUUCGCACGACCAAAUACACACUUCUCUUCCUUCACCAUCAGUAUCCGAAGCAUCUCGAGCAGAAUCACUCGAUGGUGCUCCCUCCUUGAUCUCAGACCACCUGCUCAAAACUUCUCCAUCUCUCCCAGAGUAGCAUCCUCACCCUCCCUCGAACUUCCACCUCUCUCAUCAUUCGACCGUCUCAACUCUCGAAGACCAUCUCUCCCACAACUUCAAAUUAGACCUAACACCUCACCAUACGCAUCAGAGUUUGAGUCACAAUCAUUAUGUCAUCCAUCAUUAGAAAGAGAAUCGUAUUACACUCACGCACAUUUCAACUCGAUAAAAUCUUCUCAUCACAGCAGAGGCCCGAGCGCUGCGAGCAUAUCCGUGAAUUAUCCACACCGUCGCUCAGAGCAACAAUACCCUAGUCCCCUACCUCCAUCUCCACCUCGCGACUCACAUCAUCAACGCGAGUAUUAUAUCUCAGGGCAUGCACAGCAACAAGAAAUUCCAAGAGGAGCUCCACAGCCAUUGACUGCGCCACCAAGUCCUCAACAUAUUCAGUUGGCCCCUAUUCGAUCGAUCAGUCCUGGGAAUACUUAUUCUCGGGAGGCAAAGGAGAGGGACACGAGGAUGCAACUUACGAACCUUUUACUAUGA